AUGGAGACCCCCAAAGAGAAGACCAACCUGGACAAGGGGGACCUCGACUUGCUCAGCAUCAUCGAACGGACGUGUUCGGUGUUUUCUCUCCUAGGAUGCGUCUUCAUCAUCGUCACGUUUUGCUCAUCGAGAGCGUUUCACAAACCCAUCAACCGACUAGUGUUCUUUGCGUCCUUUGGCAAUAUGAUGACAAACGUCGGUACCCUCAUGGCGAGGUCAUAUAUCGGCUCUCCUGAUUCUCCGGGCUGCCAACUUCAGGGUUUCCUCGUGCAAAUGUUCAUGCCUGCCGAUGCGUUCUGGACGCUUACCAUGGCCAUCAAUGUGUACCUGACCUUUUACUACAAGUUUGAUGCCCAAAGACUACGGAGGAUGGAGAUACCCUACCUCAUCUUCUGUUACGGCAUCCCAUUCAUCCCCGCAUUGGUAUACAUAUUUGUCAAAAACAAAGACGGGCAGAGAGUCUAUGGUAAUGCGACCUUGUGGUGCUGGGUCGCGCCCGAGUGGGAGAUUUGGCGCAUUAUUACGUUCUACGGACCCGUCUGGUAUGUCUUUCUUCAAUACGAGGAGACCAUCACUGACUUGCUCAGGAUUGCAAUCUUGAUCACCUUCUUCAUCUACAUCCGCGCCGGUGGAGAGAUCUACCAGAAACGCAAGCAGCUUCGCAACUUUAGCUCCUCCGACCCCGAUCAAGUGAAUUCGUUCCACGAUGUCCUCACCUCCAUGAAGACAACAGAGGUUUACAUCACCUCGGAGGUGGUUGUUGACCAACCUUCGGGCUCUAUCGGCUUGGGGCCGGUGGGGAGACUUGGGUCAGAAGCCGGACAGGCCUCACGGAUGCGCAACGCCGCCUACUCUGUCAGUAUUUCUGCCAACCAUAACCGCAACGAACCGCAGGCCGACGCAGUCCUACCUGUCGAAGGUACGGCUCCCGAGGCCGCCGCACAGCGUCCUAUGAACUCGGCUCGCCGGCGUAAUUACGAGCUAAACAAUGCUGCGUGGUCGUACACCAAGUGUUCCAUCCUCUUUUUCACCGUCAUCCUCAUCACUUGGGUCCCGUCGAGCGCCAACCGCGUUUACUCAGUCAUCCACACCAGGCAGUCUUCGACACCGCUUGAAUUCAUGAGCGCCUUUGUUCUCCCGCUGCAAGGAUUCUGGAACGCCCUCAUCUACGUUGUGACUUCUUGGAAGGCCUGCCAGACUCUGUGGACCGACAUCAAGUACGCGUCUCGGCGGCCAGACGUCACGGAGAUUGUGGGCAGUUUCCGCCACAGCGAUUCAUUCAAGCUACCGAGUCAAAACCGAAAACCGAAAAACUACGAGAGUGAAAGCAUAGCGGAGCUCACGAAUAGCCGGCCAACCUCCAACGAGCAGGCGUCGCGGGCAUAG